UUGGCUAGAACGGGGGAGCGUGCUCUUGAGCUGCACAAAUGCUGGGCAGGUCAAGAUGUACGGCUUAUCAUUGGGGGAAACCGAUGAUGAGGAGGACUUCUCCGCUGACAGUGGAUGGAUUCCAUGGUUUUGUGCACUAAAAGGGCACGAGCUUUUUGCAGAGGUGGAAGAGGAAUACGUUCGGGACAACUUCAACCUGUACGGCUUAAGGCAGCGAUUCCAGUUCUACGAGCACGCGCUUGAGAUGAUUUUGUCCUCCGAGGCACCGGAGGAUGAUGAUCUCGCGGACUCCGAGUUCCUGGAGAUCUACAGGGAUGCCAGUGACCUCUAUGGUUUGAUCCAUGCCCGGUACAUCGUUUCUCCACGGGGUCUUCAGGCCAUGCGUGAGAAGUACCUCAAAGGGGUCUUCGGAACCUGCCCAAGAGUGCUUUGUGACCGACAACACACACUGCCCAUGGGUCUCUCCGAGGAACUCCGUGCAGCACAGGUCAAGAUCUUUUGUCCCAAAUGUGAACAGGUCUACACGGCUAAAAGCAAGUACAGAGAACUGGAUGGAGCGUUUUUUGGCAUGUCUUUUCCACAGAUCUUUCUGCAGACUUAUCCCACCCUGACGCCUUUAGAGUUGCCGAGGCCUUUUGUUCCUCGGGUCUUUGGCUUUCGAAUUCACAAGCAAAAGUCGCUAAUUGCUGUCAAGGAGCAGAAGGAUAGGAAGGAGAGAGCCAAGUCCAGUGUUUGGGAAGAGGAUGAGAACCAUGGAUGAGACGAGCCUGCAGAAGGCAACUCAAAAGCUGAAUCUGAGUUGGAGCCUGGUGGGAAAUAGAAGCUCUUUCACCUCUGGCAGCAUUCAGUUCUGAUAGCAUCCGAAGAACGACAAUGGUUUUCAGUUUGUUCUCUUGUCCCAACUGGCUUUGAACCUCAAGUAUUUUGUGGCAUGGUGCAAAGUUAUGUCCCAAGCCUUCUGCUAAGACCAAUGCAGCGCGAACAGACGCCGUGUCUUGUUGCACCUGGGCACGAAGUGUAGUGUAGAUAGUUUGGAGAUCUCGAGUUUCUUGAAUACAGUUUGCAGGCAGAGAUGGUCAUGUGAUGACGUGUACAUGUAGCAAAAAGCUGGUGAUCGCUUCGGACUCAAGUUGAUACGAAACGAAUCAAAAGAACGUCAAAGACAUGUCAGAAACAUCAUGGGUUCUUUGCCUAACUUCACACAAUUUGACGUCAAAGUGCGAAGCUCACUCGCUCUGAGCCUUCGUGGCCCAAGUUCCAAUCAAUGCUG